AUGGCAGCUAUUUGUGUAAUUAUUGGGUUGUCAACAGUUUUAAUAUCAUAUUUUUGGUUUGCCUAUGGCCUAAGAAUAAUACCUGAAAGUGAUGAUAGAGUGCUCUGGGACGUAUAUGUAGUAUAUGUGAGGAUCAGGAAGACGUGUUUGCGUGGGCUGGACAAUAUUGUCAAAGCGGGCUGUAAGCGGACUUUGAACCUCCCUGCUAGAGCGAGUGCUGAGGUGGUCGCACUCCCACCCUCCUGGGGGGGAGCUGGCCUUCUGCCAUUGGCCGACCUCUCAGACCUCGCUGCUGUUGCCCACGCCUUCCGCCUAUUGACCUGCCCAGACCCCAAGGUCGCACACCUAGCUCUUGAAGGCCUCGCUGUGUCGGCCGGUCAGCGGUCUGCUGCUAGAGCAGACCGAGAGUUCCUUGUGGCCUAUUUGAAUGGGGACUUCGCUGGCAACUCCAACGUAGAGACCACCUUUUCUCUGGCCCGGGCUGCCCGGAAUCGCCUCUCCAAGCGGCUCCCCGACCUUCGUUGGGGAUGGUGCGGGGAGAGGGAUUCAUUCCAGCUGACUGUCCCGGGUGAAAGAUCCACCUCCAUUGUGGACAGGGGCUCCCGGUCCAGAGUGUCAUCCUGCCUGCGGUCGGCUAUGCAGUUAUUUUACCGUUCUGCAUUGUCUGCUAAGCCGGACCAAGGUAGGGUGAUGAGAGUUGCCGCUGCGUGCCCCACCUCAAAUCACUUCCUGUACGAAGGUCGCCACACGAGGUUCGCUGACUGGCGAUUCAUCCAUAGGGCGCGCCUCAAUGUUUUACCCUUAAAUGGAUGCAGGCGCUGGGGUGCUGGGGACCGGCGUUGCCGCCGAUGUGGUCGUCAUGACGAGACCACGGCCCAUGUGUUGUGUCACUGUCUUCCUUCCAUGGCCGUGGUCACAAAACGUCAUGACGCCGUCCUUGGCCUCCUCGCGGCAUCCGUUCGACCAUCUCCUGGGGUUGAGGUGCGCCAGAACCAGCGAGUGCCUCUCGACCAGCUGCUGCCUGAGCGUAACGUCCCCGACAACUUGGCUCGCCUCCGGCCUGACUUGGUGGUCAUCGACCGUGACCGUAAAUUAAUUAAAUUGGUCGAUGUCACCAUGCCGUACGAGGACGGAUGGCAGUCCAUUAUUGACGCACGGGAGAGGAAAUACGCCGCAUAUGAUCCCUUCGCCCAGACUCUCCGAGCCGGCGGUUACCGUGUCACCGUGGACGCCUUUGUUGUCGGCUCUCUGGGCGCGUGGGACAAAGCCAAUUGGGGGACCCUGGCCCGACUAGGUGUCUCCCGGCAAUAUAGUGUGGCCCUCUCCCGUAAGUGUGUCUCCACUGCCAUCCGCUGGAGCCGGGACAUAUACGUGCAGCACGUCACGGGUGUGCGGCAAUACAGCCCAUAG